AUGCAAUAAAAUAACCGUGUUAUUUAUGAGUUAGAGGACGAUGAAGAUAUAAAGUAGGCUCCUUUCCCAAAGUCUUAAGUAUAAGAUUUAUGUAGUAAUGAAAGGCGAUAAAAAUCGAUAGAAAGUUAGGUGCAGUGUCUUAUUUAAAAUGGGGAACUCUUUACAAUUACUUCUUUUCUUUUGAUUUAAGAAAGGGUAGGUUAUUGUGUUACAAAACUUAAUAAUCUAAUAGUUAUAAUAAUUAUUAUUCUUUGAAUAAAGGAGACUUUGUUAGAGAUGAAGUUGAUAUCUAAAAAUGUGAAUAAUCUUUAAGAAAGAAAAAAAAUUAUUAGUAAGCAAAUGAUUAGAAAGUAAUAUACAAGUUUAUAAUUAAAGUCAGUGAUUUAUGUGAGAACAGCAAAAGGACGAGUAUUUAAGUUGAUGAUUGAUGAGAAUGAAAAUUAUGAUAAGAUUUUAGGAUAUUUACAGAUUUGUUUUUCUUCAAAAAUGCAAAACGUAAAAGCAUUUUAUGCUCUUUUGGGAAUUGGACUUGUAAAAAUAGAUGGAAAUGAAUUUAAGUUGACUACAGGUGUUGUGGUCUCUUUAAAUGAUUGGUCAAUAAACAACAAUAAUAAUUAUUUGUUAAAAAAUGAUAAUGGAUUUAAUUUAUUAAUAAGCAAUAUUGAAUUAUUGGGAGGUAUUAUAGGAUCAUUUUAUAAAUAACAUGAAAUCUUGGGUAUAAUAUUUAAUCCAUCAACUCAAACUAUAGACAUAAUUUUAUUUGAUAAUUUUUAGUAAAUAAUUUAUAUUUAACUUAGAAAUCCUAAAAUUCUACAUUAAGCUAUAUUCAAAUUGGUUAAAUUCUCAAAAAAGAAGGUGAUUCCAUCAGGUAAAGGACAGUUAUUAAAGUUAAAAACUGAUAUAGCAGAAUUCAAUUAAAAUGAUUACAUUGAAAUAGCUAAAAAUGAUAAUGUAAAAAUAUAUAUUCAUACAUCAAAAUUGAAUGUAGCUGAUUAUGCAUUAAUAUAAGGUAGUAUGUUUUCAGCAUAAUAUGUUGAUGAUUAAAAUGAUUUGGAUGGAGACAAAUUACUUUCAAAUAAUGCUCUUGAAUUUUAUAAGAAGAAUUUUAAAAGUUAGAAUAAUUAAUAUGAUGAGACUAAAGAAUUUAUUAUAGUAAGUAAAUAACAAACACAAGUCUUUAUGAUUAAUAAUUUAUCAUCUCCCAAUAAAGGAAGUGUUCAAAAAUAAAAUUCAUUUAAAUUUGAUGAUAUUAGUGAUGAAAGUGGAGGACAAGGUUCAGGUGUACAAGUAGCUAAGAGUAUUAAAGGUAAUAUAUUAGAUAAUAAUUUUAUUUAGUUCAUAUGAGAAGAUAAAUCAAUGGUGCCAGUGAUACUAGUCCAAAAGUUUAGUUUGUAAGUGAUUUUUAAGGAAGUGGAUUUGAAUCUGCAGCAAAUUAUGCUAAUGAAUUGAAUGAAUAAAAAUAAAGAGAAGAUGAUAUAAAUGAAAAUAGUGAUAUUAAUGAGAAUGGACAUAGAAAUAAUAAUAAUAAUAAAUAAGAAGCAUCUGACAAUUAAUUGAGCAAUAAGAAAUAAGUAGAGGAAUAAUAAUAAAUUAUAAUUAAAAAUGAAUUAUAAUUACUUUAGCAUCAACCUAGUAAAACUGAAUAGAAUCAAGAAGAAGAUUCAGAUGAAAUUGAUCUUGUUAAGGUUUCAAUUGUGUUUGAUGAAGGAGAACAUUGUAAUCAUAGAGAUUUUAAUUCAAUUAUGAAUUAUGCUUUAAAUUUUAAGAAAGUUGAUUAUAAAGAUGAAUAUAGAAUUCCUUCGGCUCAUAAAAAAGGAGGAACAGCUUGUUAAGAUGAAAAGAUAAUUGAUUUAGCAAGAAGUGUAGGAAAAAAUAUGAUUAAAUAAGUAGGUCAGAAAUUACUUAGUGGAAAUUUCAAUUUAACAACAGUUUCCUUUCCUGUAAUUUUGAUUUCUUUUAAUAUUUUAGAUUAAAGCUAUGAUACCUAAAUCAGCCUUAGAAAAAACAUUUAUGUAAACAAUUCUCUUUCCUUUGUAUAUGAAUAAGGCUGCUUCUCUAUAAAAACCAUUAGAAAGAAUGAAAUUAAGUAUUGUAGCUCUCAUUUCUAAUUACAUUUAAGCGAAUUCAUUUCUUAAACCUCUCAAUCCAAUUUUAGGUGAAACUUUUGAAGGUGGUUAUGAAGAUGGUACAUAACUUUAUUGUGAAUAAGUAUAAUUAAUUCAUUAUAUUUAGAUAUCUCAUCAUCCACCUCUAUCUUAUUUUUUAGUAUAUGGCCCCAAAAAAUCAUAUAAAUUUUUCGGUUAUUCUCUUUAUGAAGCAAAAGCAGGUUUAAAUUCAUUGACUAUUUUAAAUCAUGGAAAAAGAACAAUUUAAUUUCCAGAUCAAAAAAUAAUUUGUACUUUUUCAUCUGAACAUUAUUCAGGUACAUUCUUUGGAACAAUGAAGAAUGAAUCUUAAGGAGCUCUUUCUUUUAUAGAUGAAGCUAAUAGUAUUAAAUAUUAUAUAUUUAGAUUUAAAUUGUAUUGUCUAAUUAGGAAAAGUGAAGAACAAACCAACAGAUUAUUUUGAAGGGGAAAUUAAAUAAGGAAAGACAGUUCUUAGUAAAUUAUUUGGAAGUUAUAUGGGUUUUGCUGACUUUGAUGGGAUUAGAUAUUGGGAUGCCAGAGUGAUUAAACCAUUUGCAAUGUAAAUAUUGAAAUCGAACUUGGAAUCAGAUCAUACAAAGAGAACUGAUAGAAUUUGUAUGAUUGCUGGUGAUAUGAAUAAGGCAUAAGUAGAGAAGGAAAGGUUAGAAUAAUUAUAAAGAAAUGAUGCAGCUUUAAGAAAAGAAUUCUUAAAAUAAAAAAAGAAAAAAGAUUAAAAAUGA